CGAUGCCUCAGCUUUUUUUGUAGUUAUAUUAUAGAUCUAGUUCCUUGAUAGUUCCUUGAUAGUAAUCGUGUUUAUGUCGCUACGUUGAGGACUCAGAUCAUGCAAUACGGACAUAUCUUCGUUGCGAUAGAGAAGAAAAAUUCGAGUCGUUGUCAACAUGGAUCCUCUCGCUUACGCUCGGAUAGGAUUGUGUGCAUCGGGUCAACUCUGACGGCUGAUGCUUGCAGUGGCGAUAGUGGAGGACCACUGGCAUGCUUUGAUCCUAGAGAACAUCGCUUUUAUUUGGCCGGAGCCACUAGUUACGGGUUUGGAACGCCGCCCAACAAGUGCGCGUCAGGUGAACUGGCUCGUUACACCGAUGUGCCGGCAUAUGUGGACUGGAUUGCCAAUGUGACGCAGACGGAAGUGGUUACCUAAAUGUCUACUGUCCUUCGAUGAGCCCAAUACUAAACUAUCUGUAAUACCUACCUUACCAUGUAGCUAUGGACAACACCCCUAACCAAUGCAUUUCUUAGAAAAUUACUCAUCGUGUGCAGUUAGAAUUCGUUUCAUGUCUUACGUACUUCUCAUUAUUUAAAUGUUUUAAUUUAUCUCCCUUCAAUAAGGAGAUGAAAUAACAGGUUGUACUUUAAACAAUGAGAACAAAGAAUUUUUGAGUAAUACACCCGACUGUUCGAAUUUUGGCCUUUAACUAACGUUUAGCUAACGUACUUUUU